GACACACACACAGAGAGAGAGAGAGAGUAACACCACAUGUUGCAGGACUGCUCAGACUUGGAAAAACACUCGCUCAGGAUGGUGACACAAAGGAUGAGAAAAUGCCCAAAAAUGUUGUCCGGUGCUUUUAUGGUCUGCAUUUUUGCUGUGGUCUUUCAAGGUGUGCUUUGUGAAUUUGGGGUCGACAAGGAGGAGAUCAUGCGUUUUUUUUCCCGUGGGGAUGGUGAUCUAACCUUUCCAACAGCAAACAGUAAAGACGGAGGUGGUUUUGAUGUCCAAGUGAUUGGCUUUGACAACUUAUUCCCUUCAUCUGAGUCAUGGACCACAGAAACAACCACGGUUGAGAUGAGUGUGUCCACCCAGGCAACGGAGUCCACCACAUACGAGCAGAGCACACAGAUCCCUGAUCAGCCCAACUCAGACUUACCUAAAAACAGCAUGGUCACAUCAAACGAACAUGUGGUGUGUGUGGAUAAAAUACCGGCAGAGAGAUACAAACACAAUGUUGAGCUGAAACUAAAGUCUCCCUCCACAUGUGAAGAGACUAAAGCCAAGAUUCAGAGUGUUCUGGAACAUCUCUGCGGUGAAGACUGCAAACUGGAAAUCUACCAGGAAGACAACACUGAUAAGAUCACAGUUUAUGGAGACAUUAUCGAAGCUAACCCCAAAGAAAUGGCUGACAAAUUCAACAACGACAACAUUCUGGAUAAGGUUGAAGUAGAAGAGGCAGUGUCUCGUACGAGUCAGCGCUCUAAAGAUGUGUUCGUCUCAGUGUUGAUAGCUGGUUUGCUUUUGGCUGCUUUGCUAAUUGCUGGUUACAUUCUAAAGACUCGACAAGAAGAGCCGAAAGGGCUUCGACUGGCUGAGGAGUCCUAUCCUGUGGAUCAACAGUCCCAAGGCAACACAUUGCUGUCUGAUGCCCCCCUCCCUCAACAGGAGCCUUUGGACAAACCAGUCAUCAAUGGAGAAUCACCAGAAUCUGCACCCACCAAUGGACAUUCUGCCACACAGACACAGGUGGCCGAUACGCCAAUGUAAGAGGCUCGGCGAUAUCGUCAAUUCAACAACCAACAAAGAGAUGACAAUCAUAAACGGUUAUUGUAAACAACAAACGCAGGCUAUCUAGACAUUAUACAGAUUUUUGUAAAUCUAUGAAUAUUAUGGUGAUAAAAAUGAUACUGGAAAUGAUGCUGAGAGACUGAACAAUAAAGAUGACAACUGCGAUUUUAUCUUUUGUGCAAGAGACAAAGAAAAACAAUCUGCUCUGACUAAAGCUAUAAUGUUCGGUGCUGAUCGCAAACAUGCAUAUUUACAGAUGCUUUGACACAGCUUUUCUAUGCAGAAAAUGAAAAAUAUAUAUUUUUUAAUGAUUUGCAUAUGUGCACAUUUCGUGUCCAAAGUCGUAAUUUUUUUCUGCUUUUUUCAAAUGCUUGAAUUAUUUUAAUAAAUUUGGUACUCAUUGUUAUGAUGCCAUAACAAUAUAAUAUUUUCUAUAAAAAGCGUCUUAAAUAGCAGAAAACAGAAUUGACCGAUUCAGACAACAGGAACUCAUGGAUUUCAGCUAUAUAAGACACUUUUUAAAGAAAAUAUUGUUAGGGCCUAUAAAAUCUUAUGAUCCAUGACGAUGAACACCACAUCAUUAAAAUAAUUAAACAUGUAACAAUUUGAAAAAAGCAGAUAAUGAAUAAUGACUUUGGACACCAAAUGUAUACCUGGAAUUACAUAAUCACCCAUAUGUUUGAAUAAGGAUAUGCAUCCGCUUGUAAAAUCUGCAUCAUGCACCGCUUUCAGGUCCAACCGAUCUCAUAUGCCAUAGGGAAUAACAGAAAAAAAUACACUAAUAUACACUCGUAUCAUAAUGCAAAACGACCAAAACCCCCCGAUCCUAAUUUUUAUCUCAACAACAAAUCCGAGAUGACCAACCAUGGACUAAUGGAAUUGGAUUUUUUUAAGAAUUUUUGAUAUAUUGCUGUUUGUGAUUCAUACACUGUGUGUUUAUAAAAUUUUUGUGAUUUAAAUAAAUAGUGCUCAUAAACAUUUGUUUAAAUUGUAUCCUCUAAAUAAAAAGAGUUGAGGCUUGGACCCAGAAACAGUAUUCCUUAUGUCAUUACUUAACAAAGCCGACUGUCUUGUGCCUACAUGGUAUGUGGUACAGGGUACAGUAGUUGUAAAUAAGUAUAAUUGUACUUUUUUAAGUACUUUAGAACAUAAAUAUGAUUAUUUACUGUACAUGCAGCAACAAAUAAGGCUGAGUUCAGCAGCUUCGGGUUUCUCUGACAAGUCAUAUUUUUCUCUUUGGUUCAUGUAGGCAUUUUUCUACUUGCUACCUAGAUUGAUUUCAGCAAUGUUCAGGAACUUUUAUGUAGAUUUUGCUAUAAAUUAUGCAUUUGGCAUAUGCUGUAAGCCAAACCUAGUUUUUCAUCAAUUUUAAGUGUGCUUCUUUUAUGUCUCUGAGAACCUAUCAAUUUGUUAUUUUUAGCAUUGUGCUCUACAAGUUGAGCUACAGGAACUGGGUAAACAAAAAAUUAUCAUUUUGGUUAAAUUAACAUAAACACAAGCACUGCUAAUAUGCUUAAAGGUGCAGUGUGUACAUUUUAGCGGCAUCUAGUGGUGAGGUCACGAAUUGCAACCAAUGGCUUAGUCGACUGCUCACCCCUCGCUUUUAGAGAAGCUACGGUAGCCGCCACCAGACAAACAUGUCAUCGUCGGAGACAACUUGUCCGUUAAGGGCUUCUGUAGAAAUAUGGCGGCACAAAAUGGUGACUUCUAUGUAAGGGGACCCUCAGUGUAUGUAGAUAAAUGGGUCUCGUUCUAAGGUAAUAAACCCAUACCGGUUCAUUAUGAAAGGUCUUUAUACACCCCUGAUAAUAUAGUUUUGUAUAUCAUUUUGCAUUUCCGUCAAGAGAUCCUUCUAAAAAUUACACACUGCACCUUUAAAUAUCAGAUAUAUCCGGUGUAUCUUAAAAUAAUUGUAAUAAUUGGUCAAUAUCUCCCUUAAAGUGUGCCAUCAUGAAAUUGAACAUGGUCCUUGAAAUAUUUUACCUAUACAGUUUUUUGUUAUUGCCUAUAUUUUUAUACAAAGUAAGUAUAUUUUGUUUUAUACCUUUCCGGUGUUGGCGUGUAAUCUAGACAUUUAGGUACUAAUUGGGAGAAAUAAAGGCAAGCAUCUGUAGGAUUGUUUUUUUGUGCAUGUGUAUAGUGUAUGUUCAAGAGCGAGUGAUUAUAUCCUUUUAUUUGAUGCUGUUUUCUUUCAUGUAUGUGGAAAAGCCAAAUUCCAGCAAUAGAAUAAAAACAAUUUCCAUAUGUUGACUAUUUGUGUUGAUGAGAGUGGUCAGUAUAAUAGAUGUUUACUGUUAUAACAAGUGACAAUAAAAGCCUCUAAAUUGUU